AGCAGCCCAAUUUUCUCUCGGGUGUAAGAGCGAAGCCAAUGAUUGAAGGAGUAAAGUGCCAAAUGCCGAGACUAGAGGACCGCUGUUGGAGCUGCACCGGUGUGAAGACCAAAGAUUUGACCCAUUUGUGGCUCUGGAUGGCGUCUAAAACGUGUGAGAUGAUGUCCGUGGUCACGUCAGUGAUGCUCCAGGUUCGAUCUGCUAACUUGAUCCGCCGUGGACUCGUCUUGUUUGCUGUCGGUGUGUUGUUGGCGUUAGUGCUGUAUUUCCUGCAAAUCCAGCGAAAAGACGCCUUGUUGCCUGAUGAAGUGUUGGACACUUUGUUCUCUUCAGCUUGGUGGAUUCCUCUGUGCUGCGGAUCAGCAGCCGCUGUGGUUGGAUUGUUGUAUCCAUAUCUGGACAGCCACCUCGGAGAGCCACACAAGUUUAAGCGCGAGUGGGCAAGUGUCAUGCGUUGCAUCGCCGUGUUCGUCGGCAUCAACCACGCCAGUGCCCUGGACUUUGUGAAUAACGUACAGUUGUGUCUCACUCUGGCGGCUCUGUCUCUGGGUCUUUGGUGGACGUUUGAUCGCUCCAGGAGUGGAUUUGGUUUGGGCCUCACCACUGCGUUUUUUGCCACGCUCAUCACUCAGCUGUUGGUCUACAACGGCAUCUACCAGUUUCCGUCUCCUCAGUUGGGCUACGUUCGCUCCUGGCUGCCCUGCAUCUUCUUCUCUGGAGGAGUGACGGUGGGGAACAUUGGCAGGCAGCUGGCCAUGGUUACGAAUGAGAAACCUCACAGCGACUAGCAAACAGCACGAAGGGACCCUAAAUACUACAGUGAGGAGGAAUGAGACGCUUCCUGUUGCAUUUCCAUUCUCACCUUACAGAAAACAGAAAAUGGCAGACUAGCCGUGUGUGUGUUCCUGUGUGUGUCCUAAGGACACGAGGCUGGAUGAAACAGAACUCAUCUUUGACUUAUUGCGAUGGUGUCAGAGACUGUGAUUUACCUUCCGAGUCAAAAAAAAAACUAACUGUACCUGAGUGCACAUGUUGUUUUUAUAUAGAUCACAGAUCCAGUCGAUUUAGAUAAAUCUGUAACAUUGUUCAGUAUUUUUUCCUGGUAAGCCCUGACCCUUCUUAUCUUCCUGAUGCCCAACCUCCUCAGAUGUCUACAGCCACUCACCUGGUUCUGCCUCCUCGCCGUCCUAGUGCUGUUCACGUAACUCCUCCCCCUCCCUCUUCUAAUCUCUAUAGAAACCCCCGUCUGGCUCCGCCCCCUGAAAAUGUUACAGUCGGGAGUUUUCACUCCAGAAGUUACUUGCGAUAUGAUUGAGGUUUCGUGCCCGUAUCAGCGACCAGGAUUUUGGACUCCAGUGAUGGAUUUGCAAUGGGUUUAAAAUACUGACCUCAUCAUCACAGUUACUUUGUAAAAGAUCUCCGUACAGUUAUGUAGCACAACUGGGUUCAGUUGUUCACUUCUACAGUGUGUUAGCCUCAGAAGUAAGAGUGUGUGUGUGUGUGUGUGUGUGUGUGUGAGAGAGAUACUGCAGAGCUAUAUAUCGAAACCUGAAGGAGAGAGGAUUGCAUUAAUAGUGUGUGUGUAUGCACGUGAGAGAGUAAGAGAAAGACAGUUGCCAAAACACGUGCUUGAUUGUUUGGAUUUUUGUGCUGGAAAAAAAUAAAAAGAGAAGUUUCAAGGCUGCACAAAAAUGACUGCCAUCCAAAGAGGAGGCACAAACUUUUUCUAGUAUUAUUAUUAUUUUUUAUUAAGGACUAGCACUAGUGUUACUUUGUAGUGAGACUCAUUUACCAAAUGACAUUAUGAACUAAACGAAGUGUCACGUUACGUAUCGCCAUGGUGUCGAUCGGCCCACACGUACGCUGAACUACACACACGGUCCUUCGAUUGGUUUUUGCAGCCUUGAAGAUUUUGCAAUCUGUGAUUGCCUUUGUAUUAUAGAGCGAGUGCUUUUGUCACUUCUUUGGUUUUGUUUCUUCUUCUUUUCCGCUUUUCUCAUUGUGUUUUUGCUCACUGUGUAUAAUCCACUCUUGGUCUAAUCGGAGACACACACACAAAAAAAAAUAUAUAUAUAUUUUCCAGAAACUGACUUAAAUUCACUUGACUACAGAACUCAGCAUGGGCUCUGAUUGGCUGAGGUGUGAUAUUUAUAUAAAGUUCUUGGCCAUACUAAAUGUUUAAGGUUCAGAACUGUACAGAAUUUUCUAAAAGUUUACCCUAAACUAUAUAUAUAUAUAUAUAUAUAUAUAUAUAUAUAUAUAUAUAUAUAUAAAAACAAUCGUACAAUAGUAAUAAGACCUUUUGAUGAGAUCUGAAAUCACUGAAGAUCGUCAGCCAAUCAGAACUUGAGUUUCAUCGUCCUCGCUAUAUAACACGUUUAUAACAAGAAUUUUUGCAUUCUAUUCUGGAAAAUACUCCACGUUUGGAUCUUGAGGAUAAGAUUUUAAGUGCAAUCAGUUCUACCGAGCCUUGAUAUUUAUUUAGAUUUUUUUUCUUGUCAUAAAAAGGAUCAUAUGCAGUACAAAGAAGCAAUAACUCACCUUCAGACCGAUUUUAACAACGCCGUUGACCACUUCUACUGUUCUGGGGAAAAGAACUGUGUUGUCAUGUUUGACCUGUUGAGUGGUGAUAGUGAAGUGUGUGAAAUGAAAUGAAGGUGUGUGAUUUUAUCAAGGCCGUGUGUGUGUGUAUGGAAAAACGGCUGGAAGAUAAAUCUAUUAAUAUGGCUCGCUAACAGGACUUCAGUUCAGGGAAUUGAUGAAGACUAGACGGGUAUGAAAGCUUUAUUUUAUUUGAGGAAUGAACUUUUUUCGACUGUGUUUUUUGUUUUGUUUGGUUUGUGUUGAUGUUGCAUGAUUUCUUUUCCACUGUAUAUGAAAUAAAAUGAAGUUUAAAGUGU